AUGGCCACAAAGCCCAGAAUACGGCAAAUGCCUUUGAUACCAGUGUCCGAAGAUUUCAUUAUCCCGGACUCUUCCUAUUUGAGGGAAUGGGGUCAGCUUCCUUCUCCGGACGAGGUUCGCGCCAACGCCAAAGCCCAACACCUUGCCGGUAAUACUGUCAGUGAUAGGAACUUUUUCGUAACCGACCAGGAUGGCCCUCAAUCCAGACCCCCACCCGCGGUAUUCCGGGAUAAAAACCUCCUUGUCAAAUGGGGGACAGGAGUGAAUAUAUCCGAGGCUCAUUGUCUUUUUGCUUUCGGCCAAUUUGACGACAUCCCGGUACCCCAGGUCUUUGGCUGGUGCAUGGAUGGGGGCGAAGCUUUCAUUUAUAUGGAAUAUCUUCAGGGACAAACUCUAGAGCGGGCAUGGGAUUCCAUAGAUGGCAAUCAUCGGAUCUCGAUUUGCCAUGAACUCCGGAAGGUAGUUGAUGCUAUCCGUCAAAUAAAGCAGGACCCCCUAGAUCCCUUCAUCGGCACGGUAUCAAGGAAUCAUCCGCUUUACGACAGAACGUUCCAUGUGAAUUACCUAUCUGAAGCAGGUCCCUUUGCCUCUGUCCGGGAAUUUCAUGAUUGGUUUACAUUCCUCCAUCUACGGCGAGUGCCAGAUCCAUAUUUGGUGUCUCAAGAGCCAUUCCGGUCGGGAUUACCCGAUAAUAGUGACAUUGUUUUCACCCAUGGCGAUUUACACCCCAGCAACAUCAUCAUCACACCGACAUAUCAUGUUUGUGGCAUUAUCGACUGGGAGCAGUCGGGGUGGCUACCUUCAUAUUGGGAAGCUCGCAAAGCGCAAUAUACAGCUUCAUGGGAAUCGGAAUGGUCGCAAGUGUACUUGCCGUUGAUUCUAGAUCAGUUCCCGGCCACCGCAGAUGCAUGGGAAUAUUUUGUGAUGGCUAUAUGUCCCUAG